CCUAUGUAUUCAUACGGUAUUUGUCAAAAAGCAAUAAUGAACUUUCAUCUUGGAACCUGCUUACUUCGAGUUGCAGAUGGAUGGCUUCAGGUUGCUCCUGGCAUAUUGUGUACUCGUUGCUUUCGCUCGAAGCACAAAUCUUGAUCUUGGUUUAAAGAUCGCAUUGCAUGCCCAAUCUAAGUCCUCUCUACAUGGUUGGGUUGCCGGCUCCGAGGUCACUACGCGUGGACUGCGACGUGCCUUCCUCAAAAGGGCUGAUGUUUCGAUUGUGGAGAUAUUUGCUCCAUUUUGCUAUGAAGGUGCUCAAAAUUUCACGGCGCCUUCCACGGCAUCGUCGCGACGUCUGCUUACACGCCUGACUUAGGAAUUGCCCACCAAUGGGAUAUGUUACUCGUAGAGGGGUUUUCCGGUCCUGUCUAUUCCAGGUGCACAAAUCAAAUUUCACUGCGCCUUUCGCUAUCAACGCAGCGUCUGCUCGAUCGCAUGGUAGUGCGGGUCUCUCACCACUCGGCUUGGCCAGCACGGCUGCGUUGUCGCCGAGCAAUGACUUUGUGAAGAAUUAUCCAGGUGCACCUGACUCAGUGGUUGAGUUGCACACAGGUCCAGUCUGUAAUACGUGGCAUGCGUCGGUUUAAUAAACAAAUCGCUGUGUUCCAUUCUGUGUGGAAAGCAAAUUAGGCGGCCCGUGCGCCAUCGAUGCGAUGUCAUCCCGUAACUGCGCCUGCUCGAUGGCGUGGAGGUUGACGAAGCACUCUCGCAGUAAUUCUCAGAUAACCUGACUCGCUGGUUGAUUUCCACACAGGUUCCAUUGGUGUCUGGACACAUAUCCAACACUCGCCUCGGUAGCAGCGAUUGAUGUCGAUAGUUUUCUCACAAACUCACGGCUUUUGGCAUUACAUGGGUUUACUAUGGCAGGUGGUAAUGUUCUUGGUUUGGCGUCACCUUGGUUUCACAAGGCCGUCGGCGACUCGGCGCGGACAUGACUCUUCAGCGUGAGACGUGUCGACUGCGUCAACGCGACGGCGUCGCUCCACGCAGAACCUCGCACCUCGUGAGUUCGUAGCACUCGCCGUGGAUACUAGAGAAAUGAAACCACCGUCUGACGCGCGCGCGCAACGAUCUGUGUAGAAAAUCGUACUCUUCACCCUCCACACCAUACAGUUAAUGGGAUGGCAUCGCGUCGAUGGCGUAGGGGCUGACUCGAUCGACCUCAAAGAUGGUCUCCGCACAGGCAUCCCUCCAGCAAUGAUACUGUCGUUGUGUAUCUUGGGCAGCCCUCAUACAGCAAAGCGCUACUCGCCAAGACACUUCUUGCUCUGUAUGACGUUCCCGGUGUAAGGCUGAAAAUCUAUGGGUCUGCGUGGGAUCAUUUUUCGCUGCAAGACAAGGAUUAUGCGCGGCUGGCGGCUUGCUGCUGGCAAGGCAGACUCCCUAGUGGUAGCAUCGCCAGACUUUAUGCAAAUGCAACCGUAAUACUCGGCACAACCGAUUCUUCACAGCGGCGCCUGGGCAUGGUGAACAACCGUGUAUUUGAGGCACUCGCGUGCAGCGGUGGUCAAUUUGUUGCUGUUGAAGAGCGUGGAGUAGACUUUUUCUCCGAGUUGCGAGGUGCAAUAAGAUCGCAUGGUGUCGUAACUUACGCGACGACUGAUGGAAUUAAAGCAAUCACAGAUCUGCUAGUUGCGUAUCACCCCUCCUCGACCUUACUACGUCGCGUUGCUGCUAAAGCACGCGCACAUGCAAUUAGGCAUCACACAUACGACACACGGGCGGCGAUAAUCUUAAAUGUCGCUGCACGUCACUACAAUAGUGUAAGAUCACAAAAACCACGAUCCGGUCGGCCCAUAGUCACCGUUAUUGUUGACGGUGGCGACAUCGUAGACUGGGAAUUCAUAUACGGACUAUUACCAGCAUUCUUGGCGCAUGAUCGUGAAUGGCAGUUACGAGUAUUCGAUGCAAGCACCAUGGAUGUCAACGCAAUCGCUGGUUCGGCGCUUGUAGUGGCUCGUGGUCCUUGGGGUGGUGUUGCCAUGCGCCUAGUCAGCGCGUUGGAUGAUUUUGCAGCAUGCGCCACAGGGGGUGGGAUCCGUGGUAUGCCACGGCGCCCGGUGACCGCGAUUUCCCUUCAACAUGUACGCAGUCCAGCUCUGCCCAUGGGCAUAAAUUGCAAGGAAGUGUUAAGAUUUGAUGCGAUAUUUCAUGAUUCUAUCGUUUCCAAACUGCCUCUGUGUCUCGAGCAUCACCCCAACGCACGGGUUGCCCUUGGCGUUAAUGUAGCCGCGCUCCAUAAGGAUUGGUUUUGUUCGACUACUGGUUCCUGCGCAGGCUCAGCUAAUGGUCGAGAUAAUUACGAGACAAGAAAGCUAUGGGUUUAUAACAAAAACACCGCCCCUAAGCAAGAGAUGGAAUGUCUGGAUUGGUACGACUUUGCUAGUUGGAAUGGGGGAAAACAUAUUAGAUCGUACCGUCGUCGAUGUGUCCAUGUUCAACGACUGAUGCGUGCAGAGACGUUCCUUGCAGUUCUGCGGUCUAGUCAGCCCCUUGGACUUCUAUUUUCACAACCAAGCGACAUAGGAACCUUCCUGUAUCUCGCCAGUCUUGCUGUUGGUGCUGUUAUUCGCACUCCAGGUGAUAAUGCAUCAUUGGUGCGCGUCCUUUCGCUCGGUCCGAAGAUCUUAGCUAAUUAUUUUUGUCUUGAAACUCUGACAAAUGUGCUCGUAAAUACCUUAGUUUGGACAUUGGAUUCCCCACGGUCGAUAGCUGACCUUGAAAUCAUGGCCCCAGGAGAAGAAGACACCCUUGUUUGCAGUCACGAUGUGCAGAACCCUGGCUCAAUCUGGAAAUGCUCUAUCCCGGUGACAGUUAGUCUACAAUCGUUCGUGCCUCCAGACGAUGGUGUCUGGUGUGUGCAUGUCAACGAAAUUGAACUCGUUUGCCAGGGUGACACAAAAGAACAAGUGAGGGCUGACUUUGAAUUUGAUCUGGGAGACAUGACAGCUUACACUGUUCGCGUCUGUGCUGUUCUUCGGAGUCCCAACGCAGACCUGGGCCGGCUCUCCGUGGUCCGCCGAUCUCGGUCGAUUUCUCUAGUGCUCACUUGAGGUGAUGGUCGAACUGUUUGCAUGUGAUGUCGAAGUAAGUCAGGGUAGUCCUUCAAGUUGACUUGAACGCCAACUACAUAAUACAUACACCACUAUCUAUUCUCCCAUCGCGCCUCGCCGCGCGACAUCGAAGCGGCACCUCCCGGGCCUCCGGCUCAGGCUGCCAGUACGCGCCGGCCCGGCCCGCCGGGGCUACAACGAGUCCGGGUCUGUGUGACUCGGACUUUCGGUCACGAUGAUGAGGGACCUCCGGCAGGUCGGCUGUCGGGGCUGCCUCAGGAUCCGCGCAAGCUCCGCCUGGCUCCCGCCAUUUUCGAGUUAGCGAGCAAUCAACCCAGGGAGAUCCAGGGCUAUCUGAUGAAAAGAA